AUGUUACAUUUGGUUAAAUAAUAUUUGCAUAAUUGGAUACAUUUGAUCAAACAAUAUUUCGGAGCAAAGAUAAUAAUGUAUAGUAAUUGGGUGCAUCGCGAUCACGAAACAUGUUUGAGCGAUAUCAAGUUGGAAAUCCCAUGACUAACAGUUCAGCAGUCAUCUAAUAUAAACGUGCAGCAAUAACAAAGAUAAUUACAUCUAAUUGUCGUUAUCAUCCGCUUUCCAGAAUUUUUCCUAACAUGGCAUUAAUGACCAAGACUUACGUGAGCGCUCGGGACUUUAAGUACAAGAACGUGAUAAAAUGUCUCUUUGCUGAAACUACGUUCUGGAUCUUACUGUGCUGACAAUGAGUAAAGAUCUUACUAUAUUGAAGUGUAUCUUUAUCGGAAAUAUCAUUAUUUUAUUCGGGGAUCUAUCUCUACAUUCCUAUGAUGCAUUUUACGUUCAGAGUAAUGUGUUCUCGAGGAUGGUAUUGUUGCAAGAACAAAAAGUAAAUUGCAACCGUGUGUUUCUCUCUGCGGAAUGCAAAAAAAAAGUACAUAUGGCCUUCGCAUUUUUUCGUCACGUAUUCCGGAACACAUGGAAGUCGUCGACAGAGUCACAGAGAUAUCAGUUAGCGAGCAUCGGUAACCGAGGCGAGAUUUUCUCGUGGACUAAAUCGUGGCGUUGUCGUCGGUCCACGGGCCGUAUGGCCUGCGGACCGCAAGGGAGAAGUAAACAAAAGAUUCGAGUGCGUCUCGCUCGGGCGAGUCAGUUUUGCUCGACUAUACUUCGAUCGACGAUCUACAUCCGUCCGACCGUGAGAAAGGCGGGAAUCGUCAUUUCGGAGAUAAACAAUAUUAUGUUGAGGCUUAAAUACACCGAACAAAACUUAAAUAGCAUUCGAAAUAGGGUAUCGAUGGGCAUAUUCUAUUUAAAAUCGAAAUCAGAGUUUUCAACUUACAAUUCUGAUCUAUCGGAAACAGAAAAUGAUUUCGAUUCCAAUACUAUCUCGGAAUUGGAUGAUUCGACGACUCCAUCUGCUUCUGUUCAAACACUAGAUCAUCAAAAUAACGAAAUUGAAAGCAGUAUCGGCAAAAUUUUAGACAUAUAUCCGACGUCGCCGAUAAAAUUAAGUAAGAACAAUUCGAUUGAGAUAAAAAAAUUAUCACGCCAAAAGAGGGCCAUAUUUUACAAAGCGCAAAAUCACAUGAUAAUGGAAUCUGAAAGAAACAAUAAUUAUACAGCGGUUGUACAAAGAGAAGCACGAGCGACAAAAGAAAGGAGGAAUAGAGGAAGAGGUAAAAAACAGCAAAAGAAGAAAGAGAAGAGGAGUGAAAAAGAAAAAGGAAGAAGGCACGAACGCAAUCGUGGGCGAUUUGGUCCGAAAGUGGUUACGUUUAUUGGUGCAAUACCGCUGCAAGAGUUUAAAAAUACAGUUUAUAUAGGACCAUGGAUAAAAGGAAACAACAACAUUAAAAGUAACAACACCUCAUACGAUUUUACCAAAUUCUACUUGAGAGAGGACGAUUAUUCGAUUGAAAUUAAUAUGAGUGGUUUAUAUAUAAUCUCUGUACAGAUUUUUUAUGUUGGAGGACCGGUAAAUUCUUAUUGGGUGUUGCUAAAUUCUGAAGGUUCAUCCAAAAAACGAAAUCUCAUUACAUGUGCCGUUGGUUCUACUACAUCGGAAGUAUCGUGUUAUACGAGUGUAACCACAUGUCUACAGAAGGGUGACAGACUGUCCAUACUACAACAGGAGAAAAACAGAUUGGUUAAUUUGCGAGAGGGGUAUAGUCAGAUCCAACUUGUGCUACUUGAUGCCAAUGAUUAAGAUGAGGCCUAACGUAAAGAUUUACGAGUUUUAAAAUAGAUAUAAAUAUAUGUUAAAUUGACGAGCACAAAUAUAAUGCGACAAGUGUUGAGUUUAUAAAAUUGUAACGUUAUAACAUUACAAUUGUAAUGUUGUAGUCAUAACUAUACUAUUUGUAACGAUAAAUCAAUGGUUGUGAUUAAGAUAACUAAAAUCAAAGAAGGGAUAAUUCGCGAAUCUUAAGUCUUGUGAUUUUUAAGAUAUUUUUAUGUGCAUAAGAUACAUAUAAUAGCACAUACACUGUUACUACUAUAGUUAACAAACAGGGAUGUGCAUUAUUUGAAAUGGAAGCAUUUAAAAUGGAAAUUUAAAAUUUAAAAUACCUAUUUUGUAUUUUACAUUUAAAAUACAUGUUUUCAAAAACUGUUUUAUAUUUCCAUUUAAAUGGUUUUUACUAUUUUCUACUUCAAAUGCAUUUUUCUUGCAAACUAAAAAUUAAUCAAAAUAAUAUGCAUAUACAUAUGUAUAUACAUUAUAAUAAUCAAAAUGUUAUUAAAGAAGUUAUGAAGUAAAUGCGUGUAAAUAAUAAUAAACAUCUUUUUGUAAUUCCAUAUGCAAAUAUAUUC